AGUGAAUGUCAUAAACUUAUAUAAAGAUCUCUUUAAUUAAUUUUAAUACUCUCCUUUUCCGGUAAUUAAAAUGCUGUCAAUAAAUAAUUUGAUAAGUGGAAACAAAACAAGGAAUUUGAGGCAACAGGCAGUGGAAGCAGCCCACUCGCUGUGAAAAAGGAAUGUGACGAUGUUAUUUUGAACAAGCAAAGUCGUAAAACUUGAGAGGGAGCAUGUAGGAACGAAUCGAAUGUUACGUUAAAAGAAGUGUUUUAAAGAAGGAAAAGUGUAAGCUCCCACUAUGUAUGCAACGCAAAGGAAUGGGGAUGCGCUUUUAUCACGAUCGGCAGCACUUGUCGGAAACGGUCAUGAAACAUUACUUGUACAGGCCUUAUACCCGUACUCUUACGAAAUGCAACCAGGCAGGGAAGUUUCAUUUGAAGCUGGCGAGUGUUUUAUACUGGUUGAAAAAUCUAACGAAGACUGGUGGCACGUCCGUAAAGGCGAGCAAGAUAUUUAUGUCCCAGCGAAUUACAUGACUGAAUCUCGUAUUGAUUUUAGCGAUACGGAAAGCCACGGAGAAGACAGUACACUUUCACCUUCAUCUGAGGAUUCAUAUCAAGACAUUCAAGACGAAACGACAAAUAUAGCUGAAGAAGAAACAACAUCGUUUGGCGGGGAUGAUUCAGAGAGAAUAUAUAUGAAUAUGACUGAUAUUUCAGAGAGAACAUAUGCGAACAUACCAGUAAAAUCAAAUGAGCGAGAGGUAUGUACUCAAAAUUACUAAAAAUGUAAACAUUCUGUUUGUAUUUGCCCGUGUGAAGAACAAGGAAGUCAAACCCAUUGCCAUGUACUAGAAUUAAUCUCUUCUAAAUUAUUGUUAAAGUCUUGUUGUCGGGGUUAAUAAUGGCAAUAGAUUAUUGGAUUAAAGAGAUUCUCUGUUCAGGCAAAUUUGUUUUAUUGUUUAUACAUCAAGGUUGAAACUUGCAUUAGUAAUUUUCUAUACCAAAUCAAUCGAAAAAGAUUUCUUUCAAGUCAUGCUUUUCAUAUUUUAAUAAUAAUUCAGUAUCAUGAUGUAUUUUUCCAGUUGAUUAAAAUGUUGUUGCAAAUAAAAGAAUAUUUGCAACAUUUUAUUGUCUUUUGUUUUGAUAUAAACAUUUCAAUUUGUUUUCAAUUUUUCUUUCAUUGUUAUAAAACCCAUUUAAAUGAGAUUCAUAUGAUAUUUGCAGUGUCUAUCUAAAUAUAAGCUCAAACAUAAAGUAUUUUGAUCUUCCCCCGCAAAUCACAAUAAUUUACAUAAUCAUUUGGAGUACAAAUGUACAAAGAAAUGCCUUUCAAAUACUGGCAUGAAGUCAAUUUAACUAAUGUCCUUUUAUGGGGAUGUCGGAAACAUUAAAAAAAGGUUGUGAUGCAAAAAGAUAGAGGUGGAAAAAAACCUGGUCUUUUAUAAAACUUCCUGUUUUUUAUUAGCUAUGUUAUCCAAACUUUCUUAUAAUUUCUGACUAUAAUAGGCUAUCAGGCUUUCAUGGUUGAGAAAACAUCAUUACAGUCAUAAUUUCUUAGCCUGUUAAGUUGCAUUGCACACUAAUGCUCCUUUCAUUAUUAUUAAACUUGUCAAGGAGACAGUGCUGGUGCUCAAUGGAUUAAUCAGACAUCUGUCCAUGUGUCUAGUUUAAACUGUUAAGCUGUAUUGUGCUCUAAUGCAGCCUACUUUGUUAUUUUUUGUCAAAGGGAGCACUGGUGCUCAAUGGGUUAACAGUCAGUAAUUACCAUGACAUGUUGCAGUAAUUUUUAAUUAAAGUCUAAAAGAAAAUUUUAGUGGAGCAAUCUCUCCCCCAUUUCUCACCCCCUGGUCCCACCUAUUCUCCACUACUGGCUACCAACAUAUUCGUGCAGCAACUUUUAUUUCUCAUAAUUUUUUAUUGUGCAAUAUGAUUGCCAGGAUACAAAUAUAUACAUGUACACUUUAAGUUGAGUUUUCUUUCAAAUUAUUUCAUUUACUAAGAUAAAUACUGAACGUUUUACGAACUCCUAAUUUGCAGAUCACUAAAUCUUGCUAUUUAAUAAUGAAACUAUUAUAACUUGUAUAUAUUGAGUAUAUUCUGCUUUUAGUUGAUGUAAAUAUAGGAAAUUAUAUCUUUACAAUAUUUUGUAACAUAGAAUAUGUAUUUUUUAUUCUAUGCAAUUAAAGACCUAUUGAUUGAUUGACUGAUUUGUAAUAUUUGUAUGUAUUUAAUCAAAGGGUUUAAUUUGAAUUUGAUAGAAAAAAUGCAACAAAUACAGUGUUUUUCCAACCUUGAAUAUAGUAAAAUAAUAAAAGAAUGAAGUGUGGCAACCUUGGAAUUGUGAGCUUUAUUUUAUUCUUUAUCAGUUAUAGGGGUGUAUUGGAGGGCAACAUUCAUUUAACCCACUUAGUUGCAUUGCACCCCAAUGCACCCUGCUUUAUUGUUUUACUCUGUCUAAUACUAAAUUAUUUUACUCAUCAGAUUUGUGCUCAUGCAGUGGGUUAAUCAAACUAUGCCCAUGUGUUUAGUUAACCCACUUACAUUAUUUUGUCUUGAUGGUUGAACAAAGCACCAGAAUUAAGCCAUGUUAUAUAAAUGGUUACUAUAUAUAUACUUGAAGCUUAAAAUGUUGAAGUUCUGCUUAUAUGUUUCUGGUUGUUGUAUCUCUCUCAAUCCACAGCUGUUUUCUUAUCUAAUAAGUAUAACCUUCAAAUAAAUAAAUAAAUUUUAAAAAUAUUUGGACUUGAUUAUGUUUUUAUGAUGUAGCCAACCAUGAGACGUCAUUAUUCAACUGGAGACCAACAGAGUCAUUCCAAUGGAGUGAUGACAACGAGACCCUUUCGACCAAAAUCAGCAACUUUACCAUCUGGUUGGUCAAUUGAAGUGGAUAGUGAAUCAGGGAGAACAUUUUAUUUUAACAAUGAAACAAAUGAGAGUACUUGGAGACCUCCAUCUACUUGCAGUACAAGUUCAGAAUCACAGAGUGAUGUAUGUUUGUUGAUAUUACAAAAUUUGGACAUUCCUUUACUACUCUUUUGUGUUUUUGACUCAAUUAAGCUUUGAACACCAUGCAACUACUGUUGUUGAACACAGCCACAGGGCUCAUAUAUGCAUGCAUGCAUAUACAAGCAUGCAAUAUUCAAAAUGUGCUAGCAAGAAUGCAUCUUGUUUUAUGAGUGAAAAAUGCAAGUAAUACUUAUGAUGAUCAUCUUUGUCAGAUGAUCAUUAUGGCAUGUCUACAAAUUUUGCAUGUUAUGAAUGUAGAUGCAGAUGUAGCUUGUUAAGCAUUUUUCAUUACUCUUGCAGGGUAUAAAGACUUACCUAAAAUGAUCAUGUUUUGUGAUUGGCUUUCAGAAACAAAUCAGAAACAAAAAUUAUCAUUGUUCGUGAUUCAUUCUUUAGAAAGACGAUUUCUGUAGUUUUAUUGUUUUUCAUUAAUUGUUAUAAUCAACCAGUCACGAGCCUGGAUAGUAUGAGUAGAUGAUGACCCCUUUCAUACCUUAGCAAAAUGUAAUGCAAGAGGGGUCAUCAUCUACCUAUACUAUCCAGGCUUAUGGUUGGUUGAUUAUAACAAUUGAAAGACAAUAAACUAUAGAAAUCGUCUUCUAAUGAACAAGUCAUGAACAAGGAUCAUUUUUGUUUCUAAUUUGUUUCUGAAAGCCAAUCACAAAACCAUGCAUAUCAUUGCAUGGUUUUGUGAUUGGCUUUCAGAAACAAAUUAGAAACAAAAAUGAUCAUUGUUCGUGACUUGUUCAUUAGAGAGUGAUGGUGUUAUUGAGAGUGAGGGUGAGGGUGUUAUUAAAAUGAGAGUAUAGAGAGUGAUGGUGUUAUUGAGUGAGAGUAUAGAUGGUGAGAGUAUAGAGAGUGAUGGUGUUAUUAUUAUUGGGACUUAAACAAGGGGGGGGGGGGAGGAGUGCAUGUACUUAUAAUGUGAACACUCUCCAAUGUGAACACUCUCUUCCACAGAGGCUGCAAUGUUGUUACUGUUUUCAAGUCUAUAUCAUAGACAGUGUUUGUCAAUAUACAUUAUAUAUUUGUCAUUAUGUAAAAUUACUACAAUAGUUUUGAUCCAUUUUAGAGUACAAGGAAUUCCUUAAGUUUACCAAGAGGAUGGAGGCUAGAAAGACAGUCAUCAGUCGAAGAAUAUCUAUAUGUGAAUGACUCCAAUAAUGAAAAGGUAUGCUUGACAGUCUGGGUCUUGUCUAGGAUUUUAGAUUUCAGGAGUACGUGUUUCUAAAUGUUGAGGAUGUGUACCUGCAAUUAACACAUGCAUAAUGGCUACCAAAAGCAAGGUUUGAUCAGUUAUGCUUGCUAAGUAUGCAUGUGGUUCUAUGUACUAAAUACAAACUUAAGACAGUAUAUUCUCACCUUUAUUAACAUUGAUAUUUCAAUGAGUUAUUUUAGGAGCUCUUGAGGCAUUUCCAGCUAUUUUGACACCAAUAUCAUAUGUUUGCCAUUACAUAUAUCCAUCUAAGUAAACAAAAACUUCACAAAUGAAUUUACAAAUGAAUUUCCAAAAACCUAGAUUUUACAAUUAGCUUUUCUAUGACAUAAAUAGGGAUAAUUAACAUGCGAUCACUCAGUGAACAAAUAGCAAGAGCAUAUAGAGUAAUAGCGCAUGACCUAAGCACGGCAGUCCUUUGGAGAGUAUAGCUCUGUUGGAGAGGAUGCACGCUACGUUUAGCAAGGCUGCAACUACGAACUGAAGUCAAUUUUUGGCUCUCAAGUAGGUACUCAAGCUACCGACCAACGACUAUCCCGGCUUGGCAAAUCCCAAUGAUGCCGAGAAUUCACCUCUCCAAAGACAGAACUAUUAAUAGUUGUCACACAAAGUGGAAACCGGAAUACAAAAAACGAACACAAAACACACAAAUACUUACCCAAGUGACGGAACAUACAACACCAAACAAUAAAUAAUACUCCCUGACAAAGCAAAGAUAACAAUACCAUAGCUGAAAAGAAUGAAAAGCUCUGCAACGCAGGACGUGACUACAAAAAAGCAGUUUAGUGUUAAAACCAAUUUGAGUAACAAGGGGAAUAAUCAUCCAGAAUAGCUGGAGGUAUGCCCGCGAGCGGGCGCCGCAAGUAAGCACAACAAAAAAUAUCCAACAGGACAACAAUUGGCGUAAUCGACAGCGCACCCCCAAAAUAUGAGACGUAACAACAUAAAACGCAAGUAUUACGUAGACUACGAGAACAAAGAAAAGUGACUGAACACAAUAAGCUACCCAGGGGUGCGCCUUGAUUGUCGGCCAAAACAAUACAUUACAGGACUCCAAUUAACGAUACAGGCAAUUCUGGUCAGCAGCGACCAGGAAACGCUGAUACUAAUAUUUUUACCCAGACCUCCGCUGGUUUGCAAUAACUGAAAGCAUAGAAUGUAAAGCAACCCAUAGAAGACAACAUAAGCGGUACAGAUACAGGCACCUCUGGUCAGCAGCGACCAGGAAACGCUGAUACUAAUAUUUUUACCCAGACCUCCGCUGGUUUGCAAUAACUGAAAGCAUAGAAUGUAAAGCAACCCAUAGAAGACAACAUAAGCGGUACAGAUACAGGCACCUCUGGUCAGCAGCGACCAGGAAACGCUGAUACUAAUAUUUUUACCCAGACCUCCGCUGGUUUGCAAUAACUGAAAGCAUAGAAUGUAAAGCAACCCAUAGAAGACAACAUAAGUGGUACAGAUACAGGCACCUCUGGUCAGCAGCGACCAGGAAACGCUGAUACUAAUAUUUUUACCCACACUUCCGCUGGUUUGCAAUAACUGAAAGCAUAGAAUGGAAAGCAAUCCAUAGAAGGCAACAUAAGUCUGCGGACACUCCCAGCAAGCGGGUUGGCACCAGCACCCCCCCCCCCCAAGAGAACCAGUGCGAACAAGCAAUGACCUCCCAAAAAAAGGGCAGGGUGGGUGGGGACGUUGUGAACUUGAAGGUCUGCAAGCAAUGAGCUAUACCUGUGAGCUCCACGGCUUAAAUAAUCUCGGUAAACCUGCAUAAUAACUAAUAUGAAUAUAUAAUUAAUAUAUACAUAAACAACACGCACACAUUCGUUCUCGAAGUUAAUUAUUUUUAUUGCAUAAAAUCAUUUAAAUUCAUUCUGUUGUAACUACCAAUUUAACCCACUUUAUAUAAAUAAUCAACCCACUUUAUAUAAAUAAUCAACCCAUGUUUUUUAUUAUGCCAAGUUUUCCAGUUUUGGUUGCAGUUGCAUGGCCAACACUAGCUAUGCCCCUGAUGCUUGAACUUGUUUUUAACCCAUAUGUCCAUGAUUUUCAUCAAGUGUGAAUCCCUCGAUCUAUUUAGUUUCUCAAAUAAGUCCCCCCCCCCCUCCAGAGCCGCAGGUUCGAUUCCUGCCAGGGACCUAAAGUUGCAUUUCUCACAGCUGUUCCUGGUUUGGUCUAAUAAAUGUAUAUAAAUUUCCACUUGAUAAUUUCCAUCUACAAUAUCCUUCAACUCCUGUCUAACAAUCCAUACCAUAUGCAUUGAUCUAUAAUGACUCCACUCCAUAAUUACCCACUAUUUCCUCUAAAAUUAGUAGUAAGCCCCUAGUAAGCCCCUUUCCCACAGCGCAAUAUUAUUGGCAAUGCAAAUUUCAUUUCAAUUUAAUUUCAUUUUUAUUUACCCAUGUAUUUGAUGUUCCAAUACUGGGACUUUGUGUAUUGAAUAUAUUAAUUGGCUUGAUAUUCAUGUUACUGUAAGUUUACUGCAUAAGAUAAGCAUUUUGUAUUAUAAUCUGUCAUAAUUUUCUUUCGUAAAAGUGGCAGUCAUCAAAGGAUGAGGAAGGCAGAAUAUACUACUAUAACACAAAUGGCGAGACUGUCUGGGAAUUGCCUACAUUUAAUGACACAACUCUAUUAUCACCACCAGCUAUGGGAGUAAGUACAGUAUAGAUUUUAGCAAUAUAUAGUGAACAAUGCAUGCACUGUCUCUUGGCCAACAAAUUUUGUCAACUAAUGAAGAUACUUGAUAAUAUUGCAUAUUUGCAUAUAUAUACAAUAGGACUGAGCCACUGAGGUGGAAGGAGAUAAAUGACUGGCUAACCAAAAAUCACAAUAUAUCUCAUACAUUAUACCAUCUCCUGUGAAGUCUCCAAGGUUUUGGUUACCUACUUUGUCUGCUCUUUCAAUAUUUGGCAUGUAAUAUGUAUUUACAUGAGACUUUUAAGUAAGGCCCAUUUUUUAACCCCAACUCUCUCAGUGAAUAAUUAAAUUUAAGUUAUUCAAUACAGCAGUUGAACAGAUGCGUAAUUGUUCAAAGAAGCUUGCAUGCGUAACGUUUUUGUUUGUGGACCUGGGUUUAUUGUUGUUGUUCAUUAACUAAAAUCCAGGAAACAAGUCAAAAGGGUUUUUCAGCUGUUUAAAUUGGAAAGUAAAAGUGUAUAUAAAUUUUGAAUCGCUAAAAUGACUCGUUACAAAGUUAAAACCAAUAGCUGGGUGUUAUCUUAAACGAAAGAACAUUAAAAACUAUACAGUAUUAUAGUAAGAUCUUAUUUUCAUUUUUCGUUGUUGUCAUUGAGAUAUUUUUAAAAUUUUCUUUAAUAAAGCAAUCAUAAUGACGUCAUUUACAUAUAAUGAGAUAUCUUUGUUACCAUCAAAAGAAAUUAUUUGAGGAUCAGCAUUAGUUAACCGGUCCUACUAAAUACUGCCCGGAGCGCCCGGAGACGCCCGGGAGUGCCCGGGGACGCCCUGAAGCGCCCGGGAGCACGUGAGAACGCCCGGGGAUAUACAAGAUAGUAUAAAUCAGUGCACGAUCCUUUUUGAGUCUCUAUGAUGCAUUAAUUAAUAAAAAAUAGCAUUGAAAGUGAUUUUUAAGCAGCCUAGCAACAAGCGGUAAAAGCGCGGUCGCCCACGCAGGACGUUGUGCGAAACAUGAGAUUAAUAUAUUUAAAUUUAUUAUAAAUGUAAAUAUUUGCUGUUAUUAAAUUAAACUAAAGUUAAAUAAAAAUUUAAAACUAGUUUUGUUUUAAUAUAUCAACUGCUGAGAACAAGUCAAUUGUCGUUUGGCGGCUUUCGAAAAAUUUUUGUCAAUAAGAUUACCGAGAUCUAUGACAAAAACAAAAAAGCUCAUAAACUAAAUCUAAAAAGAGAAGAUGAAUAUAUAUCCUAAAGUUCCCAUACUAUACUCUAGAGUAGAUAAAAAAGCAUUGAUAACACUGUCACUAUACUUUACUAAUAUUUAGGCUGAAAACUGCGGUUUUGUUUACGCGGAAUGCUUUUAUGAGUUUAUAUGACUCUAAUUUAAUUAGUAAUGUUUUUAUUUUGGCCUAAUCUUAAUGACUUGUUCUCAGCAGUUGAUAUAUUAUUAAGCAGUUGAUACAGAUAUAUGUUUAAUAUAUUAAAACAAAACUAGUCUUAAUUUUUUAUUUAACUUUGUUUAAUUUAAUAACAGCAAAUAUUUACAUUUAUAAUAAAUAUAAUCUCAUGUUUCACACAACUUCCUGUGUGGGCGACCGCGCUUUUACCGCUUGUUGCUAGGCUUGGUUGAAAAUCACUUUUAAUAUUAUUUUUCAUUAAUAUAAUGCCUCAUAGAGACUCAAAAAGGAUCGUGCACUGAUUUAUAUUAUCUUGUCUAUCCCCGGGCGUUCUCACGUGCUCCCGGGCGCUUCAGGGCAUCCCCGGGCGUCCCCGGGCGCUCCGGGCAGUAUUUAGUAGGACCCAUUAUCGAUGAAUAAAAACCGAGACGAAGUCGAGGUUUUUAUUCACGAUAAUCACCGAGCCUAAGGUGAAUAAUUGUUUUAGUAUAAUUCCAUAGGUGAUUAUUUGGAAAAAAAAUACACAUUUCUUCGUAAUUGACAAAACGGCUUCGGCCGCCAUUUCGACGGCAACCAAUCAGGCUAUCAGUGAAACUCCACUCAUGAAAAUUUUGUAAAAUGAGAUUGGCCUACACACAAAUCUAUUUUGAAAAUUUUCAACUUUUAAGAAAAUUUUCUCUCCGUGGAAAUUUUUCUUGAGUGGAAAUGGGCCUUGAGACAAUGAUAUUUUCGGAAAAUUUUCUGUCCUUGGGAAUUUUUCUUGAGUGGAAAUGGGCAAAGAAACAAUGAUAUUUUUGGAACAUUUUUUGUCCGUGGAAAUUUUUCCAUGGGGGAAAGGGGCCUUGAAACAUUCAUGUAUGACGUCAGGUUGGUAGCGUUGCGUACGAAAUAUCUCAAAAACCGAGACAUGGAAAUAAAAUUUAACAAAGGACGUUAUACUCAACACAACAGAUGAUGCAUAAUGUUUUUAACAAAGCUUGCAUGGACAAUGAUUUUUGUUUCCGGACGUUGAUGCUCUGUUUUCCAAAGCAAAAUUCAAGCCAAGUGUGUUCUCUCUUGUUUAGCGAGAUAAACGUAAAUUAACACCAAGAUCUCGGAUGCUCUCAGAAGGUUCAGAGAGUGUGGUUAAUUUACGACAUAAAUCACCACAUUUACAUCUUCGCAGUUCAAGAUCUGCAUCAAUGCUUGCCGGAUUAAAUUCACUCAAAAAUCCCGCUGCAGAAAUGAGCAGCUUUGCUAAGGUAUUACUAUUUCUUUGUUCAAGUGUCAUCUUUGCGCCUGCUUCUACCAUUGAAGUAGAUGCAAGCAAUUGCACCAAUUUAAUUUUAAUUGCACCAAAAAGUUAAUACUAGACGCACUCAUGCACUUUACUAAUUAUUGUAAUUUAACUAAUUUUCAUUUAAUUACGGGUCAUUUUUUGAGUAUUUUUACAG